CUUCCUCAGACAGUCUCCAAUACUCAUGAACAAUUGGGAUGUGGGGAUGGGGUAAAGGAGGGAAUCUAGGUAUUUCUCUCCCACUUGCCCAUUUCUCCCAUCUUUCUCCACUUCCUCUCUUCUUUUCAAAAAUUGUGUGUGUUCUCCUUUAAGGGGUUGGGCAUCUCUCCCGCCCUCUCUACAGUCGACUGAAGUUUCCGAGGAGCCUACUCUGGCUAGGCAGGACACACCUUUCAUAAGACCCCAAACUGUGCUCUGUGCAUCUCAAAUGCUGCUUUUCCUUGUGUUCUCCCUCCUACCCCUAACUUCCUUUUCAACUACAAGGUUCAGCGUCUCUGCAGAAGGGUUGAGCAUCCUUGAGGUUUCCUACCCUUAACUGCUCCAUCUUUGGAUGGAGCAAGAGAAAUGUGGUGGGGGGGCCGGGGCCAGAGUUUCAACAUUGCUCCCCAGAAGGAGGAGUCACAGAUGGGGCAUUCGGGACCAAAGUCUGUCCAGUCUGUCUGGGGAAGCAGGAUGCCUGAGCCCAAGAGUCGUCAGCUUAGCAGUUGCCUGGCCUCUGGAUGCCUACCAGGGGAACAGAUCCUAGCAUGGGCCCCAGGACUGAGGAAAGGGCUGGAACCUGAAUUGCCUGGAACCCUGAUCUGCACCAACUUUAGGGUCAUGUUCCAGCCCCGUGGAUGGGAGCGGAGUCAGGACACGCCCCUGAGCAGUGACUAUGAUUUUACCCUCGUUAACAUUGGACGAUUAGAAGCUGUGAGUGGCUUGUCCCGAGUGCAGCUCCAUCCAGGGUCCCAGCUUAAAUUCAUCCCUGAGGAGAUUCUGGUUCAUGGCCGAGACUUCCGAUUGCUCAGAGUUGGUUUUGAGGCUGGAGGAUUAGAGCCUCAGGCCUUUCAGGUAACCAUGGCCAUUGUCCAAGCCAGAGCUCAAAGCAGUCAAACCCAUCUGUAUGGAGGGAUAACACUGAGCAAGGCUGGCCAGGGUUCUAGUUCCAGAAAACCCCCUAUUCCUCUCUUGGAGACAUUAGAAGACUGGGAGACUGAGCGGAAGAAGCAGGGGGCCAGAUGCUGGAGAGUCAGCACUGUCAAUGAGAGGUUUGACGUAUCUACCAGCCUUCCCCGUUACUUCUGGGUCCCUAACCGAAUUCUGGACAGUGAGGUCAGGAGAGCAUUUGGCCACUUCCAUCAGGGCCGAGGACCGCGCCUGUCCUGGCAUCACCCUGGGGGCAGUGAUCUUCUCCGCUGUGGAGGCUUCUAUACAGCCAGUGACCCCAACAAGGAGGAUAUCAGAGCAGUGGAGACUAUGCUCCAGGCUGGGCAUGCUGAUGUUGUCCUGGUAGACACUAUGGAUGAGCUGCCUGGUCCUGCAGAUGUCCAACUUGCACACUUGAAACUGAGGGCCCUCUGCCUGCCUGACUCAUCUGUAGCUGAGGAUAAAUGGCUCUCAGCCUUGGAAGGAACACGAUGGUUGGACUACAUCAGGUCUUGUCUUCGAAAGGCCAGUGAUGUCUCUGUUUUAGUGACAUCCAGAGUUCGUUCUGUAGUGCUUCAAGAGCGCGGUGAUCGUGAUUUCAAUGGCCUCCUCUCUUCACUCGUCCAGCUGCUUUUGGCCCCUGAAGCCCGAACACUGUUUGGCUUCCAAUCAUUAGUGCAGCGAGAGUGGGUGGCAGCUGGACACCCCUUCCUGACCCGGCUUGGGGCAACUGGGACCAGUGAAGAGGCCCCAGUGUUUCUCCUCUUCCUUGACUGUGUCUGGCAGCUUCUUCAGCAGUUUCCAGCUGAGUUUGAAUUCUCUGAGUUUUUCCUUCUUGCUCUGCAUGACAGUGUCAGGGUUCCUGACACUCUUACCUUCCUGAGAAAUACUCCCUGGGAGCGUGGAAAGCAGAGUGGACAGUUCAACUCCUACACACAAGUUUACACCCCAGGGAACUCCCAGUCCCCAGCUGAGAACUCUGUAAACCUGCAGCUGUCUGUCUGGGACUGGGAGUUGCGCUACAACAAUGAACAGAUAUUACGAUUCCAUAAUCCUGGUUAUAACCCGGAGCAUCGCCCGGACUCCUGGUUCCCUAGACAGCAGUCAAGCUUCAUAGUUCCUGGACCCCCCAGUUCUGUGUGGCUCUUCUCUAGAGGGGCUCUGACUCCCCUGAAUCAGCUCUGUCCUUGGCGAGAUAGUCCUUCCCUGCUAGCAGUCUCCUCUCGUUGGCUUCCUCGACCUGCCAUCUCCUCAGAAAGCCUGGCUGACCAGGAGUGGGGGCUCCCCUCACAUUGGGGAGCUUGCCCUUUACCUCCAGGGCUACUGCUGCCUGGAUAUGUGGGACCUCAGAUCAGACUCUGGAGACGCUGCUACCUGAGGGGAAGGCCUGAGGCUCAGAUGGGCCUCUCAGCUCUUACAGUCUCUGGCCUCCAGGAUGAACUAUCCUGUCUUCAGGAGCUAUUAAGAAAAUGGACACCCAGAGUAUCUCCUGAGGAUCACUGCAAGAAAAGAGAUCCACAUACCAUUCUCUCCCAAUCCCGUUGAAACUGCUGGCAUUAUCAAAGGCAGGGCAGUGAGGAAUAUGGGUAAUCUUUGUCUAAUCUUUCAGUUUUUCCUAUCUGGCCUUGCUGCCUCAGCUUUUCACAUUCCAGCCCUUAAAGCUCAUUUAAUAUACUUGAGCUUCUGUAGCAGAUGGUGGUGCUAAUCUCCAGUUCUUCUGUCUUGUUUGGUUCCUAAAGAUAUUUUUGUUUCUUGUGAUCUGAAGAAUUAAGAAACAAAAACAAUCCAGAUUGUGAUUGCCUACUUUUUUUUUUUUUAGGGGCAAUUUCAUCCCUUUUGGAUAACCAACUGUUAAUAAAUUGUGAGAUCAGAGAUGCUGUUCACGAGUUCCACUAUGAUGUCCUGAAGACAUUCUCACUCCCUCUUGCUGCUGCUUUAAAUCCAAUUUCUGUUUCUUCCUUUAUAGUUUGUGUGUGUGUGUGUGUGAAUGAGGUGGAUGUGGGAGACACUCUGUGUCUUCCCAUUGUACAUUUUUGUAGUAGCAUUUCUAUUUAAGGAGUUCAUUAAAGCACAGUAUUUCUACA